AGUUGCGCCGGGAAAAAAUUGGUGUGCACUCUUCAAAUAAAUGUUAUUUGGACACAAAUGGGCCAUUUAAAACGUUAAAAACGUUUAUUUUAUACUAAAUCGUUAUAGUAACAAUAACUCCUUAGCGACGGGUUAUGUUAAGGUACAUUUAACAACACUAGUGCUGUAAAAAAUUUCUUAACAACACUUUUUUUAUUGGCCAACAAUGAAGUAUAGAAUAUAAUUCAUGGAACACAUUAACUACUAAAAAUAACGGUGCAUUUUCUUCGGUUUUAGACUUAUCACUGAUUGUCACAUUAAUUGUACACUUUUGUACGUUUUCAAAUUUUACUCCACCUGAAGAAACGGUACCCGAGAAAGACUGUCCAAGGCUGACAUUUCUUCAAGGAAACAUCGGCGGUGUUCGUAGGUACCAGUGUCGUUAAUCAUUCUUGUUUUGGAGAACAUGCUGCACUAUUGGUCUUCAUAAAGGAUUUAUCUAUUUCACAGGAAGAAACGUCCACAUUUUCCUGUGUGUUAAACAUUUUUUUGAACAUGGAGAUUUUCGUCCAUACAGAAGAAGCUUCAAAUUUCUUGGACUAACAAAAAAACUUUCACUUAUAUGAAUCAAUAACAGAGAAUGACUUACCAGUUCAGAAACGUAUGUCAACAUGACAUCUAAGUUAGUUUGGUCAACAUUUAAAGAAAUCAGAUUCAUUUUUAUACCUAUCCGCAGACUUGUUUGGUAUUAAUUUGCAGCGAGCUGCAUCUACUUUUUCUUUAAUACGUUACUCUCGUACAUUUCGUGGAAAUUUUCUCGAAUGAACAAAAUGGGUAAAUAAACCCUGAUUGUCAUAGAUACCCUUAGAUACCUUACGCAUGGCCGACUGUAAAAGUCCCUGGUUUAACAUUCUACCUAUAAUGAAUGUCGUAUAAGGAACAUGAAUGAGGAAUGAGGAUAAAAUAAAACGUGUUACGUAAUUAGUAGUAAGAAUUUUAUUAGUGUAGUAUAGUAGCAUUGAAUAAAAACCACAUGGUUUUUAUUCAAUGAUAGUAGUGAGAAAAAUUACGCUACUUUGGUUACAUGAAGAUAUAGGUACAUACAGUGAAAAAACUACCAAAACAAGCAGCACAGGCUGUAGCCUUUGUCUCUAAAGUUAAUCCAUGCUUCGCUCCCUAAAAAUCCCCGCUGAGUUUUCGGCUUAAAAAAAGUUAUGUAAUCUUGUUUGGGUCCUUCCUCAUACAUAUAAUUAUACGCUCUCCUGUGUUUGCCCCUCAUUUGCAUAAAUUACAAAAAAAUUACUUAUAUGAAAAGGUUAAGUAAACUACCAAAAAGUAUAGGUAUAGCCAUAUAUAGCAAAGACAUGAUUAUAAGCUUUUACCAAACCACAUUAACCGGGUGGUUCUCAUUGACCCAAUAACACUUUAUUAUUGAUUCAUUGUAAAUACUUUACUUGACCCACGACAUUAGCCAUGAAUUGUUAAAGUCAUAAAAUCAAUAUGGAAAAAUCGAAGAGUACACGUGGACCUUUCUUGUCCUACACCAAAAAAGAUUUGCUAACCGAUUUGCACGCAUAGGAACUUUUCGCUAAAUUUAUUGACUUCAUCGCCUCAAUUUCUCCAAGUUGACCUAAUAACUUGAUAAUUACCACCUCUUGUGGAAUGUUGUCGUUGAUCACGUCUCUAAGCGACGUCGUGGGAAUAUAUCGAGUUUCCAUAAUUACCUUGUCUAGUCUGGCGUUUUCUCUCCGAGAGCUCAGACCAUGGCACCGAAAGUGUACUUGAAAUUUAUGAGCCCACCCUGUCGGGCUGUACUAACUGUUGCGCGAGCUCUGCAGCUCGAACUAGAAAUUGUUGAAGUUGACGACGAAUUUAUGCAGGGACCAGAUAUACUAAAGUUAAAUCCUCAACAUACCAUACCGAUUUUGGAAGAUGACGAUUUCAUCGUUUGGGAGAGCCACGCGAUUAACGCUUACUUAGUUACGACCUACGGCAGCGACGACUCUCUUUACCCAGCGGACCCCAAGCAGCGAGCCGUGGUCGAUCAAAGACUUCACUUUGAAAGCGGAGUUCUUUUUCCAAGAUUCGUGGACGCCUUUGUUCCUGUGCUGAGGGGUUUGACCACUCAAAUUACGGAUAAAUGCUUCGAGAAGAUUGACGAAGCUUGCGGUUUUCUAGACUCGUUCCUCGAGGACCGUACGUGGCUGUGCGGAGACGAAAUUACGAUAGCCGACGCCAGUAUUCUUUGCACGAUGACAGCGAUAGAAAUGGCAAUUCCAAUUGAUCCCGAAAAGUUUCCAAGGCUGGCCGAUUGGUUACAACGUGGAAAAGAAUUGGAGUUCUUCAAGGAGGCCAACGACGAGAUUUUAGAGAAAAUGGCCGCGUACGUUAGGGACAAGUUGGGAUUAUAAAUUGUGUUUUUUUUCCAUAUUGUAACCACGGUUUUAAAGACAAUAAAAUACUGACAACAAGUAAUUUUAGAUAUUACUAAUUCAAGUUUACUAGACAUUGAUUAGCCGUUCAAAGAAUAGGACGACUUUGGGCGGUCUACCUAGGAUUCCUAGGAAAAGAUCGUAAUAAUCGCAUGUCGAUGUUCUAUGUCCGUAGAUCGUUUUUUGAACUUUAGGACGUAUCGCGUGUGUGGGUGGCACUCCCUAGGUACAGACGUUUUCAGAUCGCAUCAACAGUAUCGUCUGUGUGACUUAACGACAGUCGUGACCGGCACCGCCAG